GCGGCGUUUGACGGACUCGGCGUUUCUCCAUUUGCAAAGAUACCCUCCUGCUUCGUUUGCUUGCUUGUUUCGACACUUGUCGCCUUCCAAUCCGUCGUCGACAGCCCCGUCGGCGUCGCCUUUCACCCUUAGCCUCACCGACCGCUUGCGCAGACCGCCUUGCGCUGUGCGUCGACCACCGGCCGUGACUCCGCCGCUACACAAUGCCUACGUUUGAGGGCGAGAAAUGGGCGUGUGCCUCCUGCAUCAAGGGCCACCGCGUCAGCGGCUGCACGCAUACUGAUCGAGAGCUCCACCACAUCAACCCCAAGGGUCGUCCAGUCAAGCAAUGCGAGCAUUGUCGUGGUGCUCGCAAGUCCAAGUCCCACCACGCCAAGUGCGACUGCGGUGACAAGAAGGACAAGGACAAGGCCAAAGACAAGGGCGACUUGAAGGGUGAGCUUCUCGCUGGUGUCAGCGUCGAGGGCAUCUCUAACCUUUCUGCAGUCGGAGGUCACAACUGCGGCUGUCACAGCGGCGCAACGUGCACCUGCGGCCUCGUGAAGAAAGAGAGCCUCGACCUGAAGCUGGACACGGGCGCUCUCAAGCUUGCGCAGCACCCGCCCAAGCCAAAGCCCAGACUCACGGCAACACAGUCGGAAAGCACUUUGACCGUCUUCGCCAAUGGCCAUCACAAGCCAUGCCACAGGUUGAACAACGCCGCCCACGUCUCCGGUGCCCCGUACAAGAUCCCACGCCCUCACACCCUGCACGAUCCCCUAGGGCACUACUCCCAUGACAACAUUAAGCGCAUCUAUGAACAGCCUAAUAACCCAGCACAGCGGUCGCUCGAUACGCUCUCUCUGUCGAACAGCAACUUUUACAGCGUCUUCAGCUCCCCAGCUCAGCGUUCUGUGGAUAGUUUGCCAUUAGCAUCGUCAGACGGCAUGUUCAACGGGACUUACGCACCUUUCGACCCUCAAAAGCCAAUGUUCGCAAAGCAUCCCGAGAACGGACUUCCUCAUGACGGAAGCUCACCCGACAGUCAGCUCAGCGACACAAUUCCGUCGCAGACACAGUGGGCGUGGACUCCAACAACGGCGUCUAGAAACGGGACAUUUGGUCUGGACAGUCUAUCAACUUCUCCGUCCCAGGAAUACUUGCCAGCUCUGGAAAACGACUGGGCCAUCCCUUCGGCUGGGAUCAAUCCUUCUUGGUCAGCCAAGGAUCUUCCAUUGGUACCCAAUCGAUCGGCAAACGCUUUCCCUAUCUCUCAGAGUGGAGAAUCAAAUAAACAAAGCGUUCCGAACCUCACCCCGUCGUCUUCUGGAGCACAGUCCGAAAUUGGCGAGCCUAAUAUGUUCGAGAACGUAGAAUAUACGGCUCCGCAAUCAGUCAUGGGCGAGUCCCUUCCCUGGGACGAAAGUGCCCAGUUCCGUGACGCACCAUCCUACCGGAUGCGCGCGGCCACUGGCGGAUCCGAGUUUCGUCAAGCUCCAACAUCUGCGCCAGGUAACGACGCUCGCCGUUCACUUGAUCUAGACUUCACAAAGCGUUUCAACGAAAGCCUACUCGAACAGGGUGUAAAUUCGAACUUCAUGCCUUUCCAGUCCCCCAAUAUUGAAGCCUCGAAAGGCAUGUCGGGCGCUCCUACAUAUGCGCCGACCAGUGUCCCGGUUGACGGGAACUCGCUUUACUCGACAGACGAGUACGCACCUCGCUCCAUUAUGAUCCCGAACAACAUCGAAGACAUUCCAACGUCGAACCCAUGGCUGGGGUUUGACGAUGUCACCAACUUUGGGCUUACGUCUUUCGACCCACCUCUCGACUUAAGCGUCGACGUAUCCAAUUAUCCUGCUGGCGGCCCUUGGAUAUGACAACUCAGCCAAGCAGCCCGUUCGGACUGCAAGCCAGCAGGGAGCCGUAGUUGAUCACCAGCCCUAUCACUCUAUCUCUUUCACGAAACAUGACUUAUGACCCCGUUGGGCCAGAUGCCGACAUCACCAUCCAAC